AUCCCGAGACGUUUCCGAAGGGAUCCGAUCCAGAGAAAACUGAGGUAGAGCGCAGAGACGGGAGCCGCUGUUUCCAAUUGACCAUCGCAGAAGAACCCAUUUCAUUUCGUUCUUUUUUCGUUAACAUUCUAAAAUUAACGAUGGCACCGGGAUACUGACGGUCACGGCGAAUUGACAGAAUCGGGUCUGAUUGCCAUGUGUGAUCCAUCUUUUCUGCGCCUUGCAUCACAGACCGUACCAGGCAUAUGCAUUUUAAAUAUAUAGGGCGCUUACAUGUACUGUGUACAUGUCUCUACAUAGAAAGCCUACAGUAUGUGAGAGGACAACGCUGAUGCCAGUGGAUAUACCCGGGGAUGAUGCUUGAUAAAGCGGAUUUAUUCCCGUCGAAGAUAAGAUGUGUAUCGUUGUGGCGUGGGAGAAAAUGUCUUUGGCUCCAGCAAGAAAAUGAAGAUGGGAAGAAGCGUCUUGUCCUGUAGCCCAGUAGCGAGAGCCAGUCGUUAUUUACACUUCUAAAUCUGCGCACAAGAUAAUGAUACUGACGCCGUGUCUCAGGAUUAAACCACAGAACACCGCAGAAAUAGAGUAAUUGUGCUAUUGAACUCUGCUUGAUUUAGUCACCGUGUGAUGGGAAUAUACUGCUAAGGCUUGGCCUAGCUUUAUGGAAAACCCGAAGACAUGACAUGCACACGAAAAAAGAGGAAACGAUAUUUUUGUUUUUUAAAACCCGUAUGUGUGUAAUAUUCCAGUUUCGGGCAUAAUAUCCUUCACACCGUUCAGCAAACGACUUUCCAGCCAAACAGGUCUUGUUUGUCAGACGUGACCAUUCCCUGUAUUAAUUAAUUCAUUAAUUUUUUUCGUUCUCUGUUGUUCAUAAAGGACAUCGAGAUUCGUCUUGGAUUAUAAUUUGGAUUCAUGUGCGAUUCCCUGAACGCGUUGUGUCGGGACGAAAAAACCUACUCGCAAGUUUUUGUGUGUUUUUUCUUUUUUUAUUUAUUUUCCCUAUAUUUACAACAAGGUCCCGUUAAGGCCUACCAUCGACACAAGAUCCAUUGUCUGAAGGAAGACAGAGAAUUAUAGGUGUCGAGGCCAAGAGAGGUGGCACAUUUGAAAGGACGCUCCAAAGAGAACUGUACAAAAUGGGGCAAUGCAGAUCAAGCUUCUCUCCUUCCAUUUGAGACAACAACGAAAGGCAACCACGAGGACGGACGACAGCUCAGCCGGAGGCGGCGAAGGUGGAGGAGGGAGUGGAGGAAGUGGAGGUAAAGGAGGAGUUGAAGGAGGAGGGGUGCGAUUCCAGCAGCAAAAGGUAUGGCCAACGGAAACGCAAGCAGCGAUGGGCCUGGGAACCCCUUGGCGGCCGUGGUGUCCACAACAGGUGGAGUGAUGGGUGGAGCACCUUCUUCUGCCGUCUCCACCUAUGUGAAACUCGUCCUUCUAGGCCUGAUCAUUUGCAUCAGCCUGGUGGGCAACUUAGUGGUAUCCCUGUUGGUGUUACGAGACAGAGCCUUACACAAGGCACCAUACUACUUUCUUCUGGAUCUCUGUCUCGCCGACACCAUUCGCUCAGCGGUCUGCUUUCCCUUCGUGCUGGUGUCCAUCAAGAACGGCUCGGCCUGGACUUACAGCGUGCUCAGCUGCAAGGUGGUGGCCUUCAUGGCCGUCCUUUUCUGCUUCCAUGCUGCCUUCAUGCUGUUCUGCAUCAGUGUCACACGCUACAUGGCCAUUGCCCACCAUCGUUUCUACUCCAAGCGAAUGACCUUCUGGACCUGUGUUGCGGUGGUGUGUAUGGUCUGGACACUGUCAGUCGCCAUGGCCUUCCCGCCUGUCUUUGACGUCGGCACGUACAAGUUCAUCCGUGAGGAGGACCAAUGUAUCUUUGAACAUCGCUACUUCAAGGCCAACGACACGCUAGGCUUCAUGCUAAUGCUGGCUGUGCUAAUCCUGGCCACUCAUGUGGUGUACAUGAAGCUCCUGCUGUUUGAAUACAAGCACCGAAAGAUGAAGCCGGUCCAGAUGGUUCCAGCCAUCAGCCAAAACUGGACCUUUCAUGGACCUGGAGCCACCGGUCAGGCGGCUGCAAACUGGAUAGCUGGGUUUGGCCGUGGCCCAAUGCCUCCCACUUUAUUGGGCAUAAGGCAGAACUUGCACAACCAGAACAGACGCCUACUGGGCAUGGAGGAGUUUAAGGCUGAGAAGCAGCUUGGCAGGAUGUUCUAUGUCAUUACCUUGUUUUUUCUGGUGCUCUGGUCCCCGUACAUUGUGGCCUGUUACUGGAGGGUCUUUGUGAAGGCAUGCACCAUCCCGCACCGGUAUCUGUCCACCACUGUGUGGAUGAGUUUUGCCCAGGCAGGUGUGAACCCCAUCAUCUGCUUUUUCCUCAACAAGGACCUGAAGAAGGGUCUGCUGGCCCACCUGCCUCCCUGUUGUAGAACUCCACCUCAACUGCCCCGUGAGCCUUACUGUGUCAUGUGAAGAUGAGUGUUCAUUCAUUAUGUUUUUUUGUUGUUGUUGUUGUUUAUUAGUUUUUUCUGUUCUUUCUCUUCUGGAUGGUUGAAAAGUGGACAGCCUGGGGGAGGGAAUAAGAGGUCUUUAAAGAUGGAGACAUGGACAAACUUUAAGAGUUGUUCUGUUGUGGCCUUUGAUUCAGUUUAAGAUGCUUUAAAGGGGUGGAUGUCAUUGAAUAAGCAUCUACUGUCACCUUAAUGAUUUUUAAAGGGAAAAUGGGCUCUAAGCUAAUGUGUGGUUUGGUAAUCAACUCUAAACUGGUUUGAAGAACCAUAUGUUUCUUAUUUGGGUGGUGCAAAUUUGCAGAUCAGCCAAGCCGGUGUUAUAUUUUUUGGUGAAUGUAUGAAGGCUAUGUCAAAUGGCUUUUUUAUGAUUGAUCGCUACAAACAUUACCUUUUGAUUUGGCUCAGUAUGUGUAUCCCUUUACAUGGAUCCUGAGGGCCUCAAAUCAAAGAUUUGCAAAAAUAGUAUUCAUGCCUUGUGAACAACUGCACUCCUGGCAGAGAAAUUUAUAUUAUUUGAACUACUGAUUCAAAAAUACUCAAUGUGCAUGUGUAUUACCCUAUCUUUAAGGGAAAACAAACUUGAGAUUUAACAUUUUCUGAGAAAGAGUGCCAAGCAUACGCCUCUGGGAAUGAAUGAGGCUGACAAAAAAGACAAAGUUCCUAUAAUUUGUCCUAAUUGGUUGGGCUGAAUCCUUCCUGUGACUCAGGCAGGAAUUAAGACAGUGUGUAGAAAAAUAAGGAACUUCCAGAAGAAAUAAUAUUUUUCCUCUCAAGAUGAUUCAGAGGGAUUGUAGAUGAAAGGAGCUGACUGAAAAUGUGAAUGAAUCUGCGUGAAUUAUGGCCUAUUCAGGUUUUCCCUGAGUUACAUUUUACUGUAAAUUAUUGUUUUUUAUUUAUGUUUUUUUUCUCUCUUUCUCUGAACUCUGUUUACUUAUUCAUUUAUAAAUUGUUUCAUAGCAUUGCACAAAAUAACUCAUGCCCUUAUAAUUUCUAUGAUCAGUCUUAUGAAAAGGUAAAGUACUGUAUCUGGUCUCGCUAUGUGAAGUGAUAGAUCAGGAUUGAUUGAAAAAUGUGAUAUGAGGUUAAACCAACCAAUCAUUUAUCCUUCCAAAUGAUUGCACAGAUGAUGUUGAAAACAAAGUCACUUAGUCUUUGGUGUCUUGAAUUACUUGAAUGAAAGUUCGCUAGUCUAUCAGAUGUAUAUGAAAGGUUUUUUCAUACACAUAUCUUGGUGGGUUGUUAAUGCAACCUUUAAUUUCUCAAGCAUUUGUAAGAGACAGGUAGGUUGCAUUAGAGGUAUUUUAGUUUGUAUUUACAGACUAAUAAAUGACGAGAGGAUUCCUGCAAGGAACAAUUUGGUCAAGAGGUGUCAAGAAACCUAAAGUUGAAUGUUUGUGCUGGACUGAAGUCUAAUGUAUAAUUCGGCCUAUACAAAUGGUUAUUUAAAAAAAUGGAAUGUGUUUGACAUUAGGAAAAACAUAUAAGCUAUUAGAGGAAUGUUUAGAAUUAUUUUUAAAAUAGUAAAUUUUAAUAGGAGCAAAUAAGUGUGUUCAUAUAAACUGGAUACAUUUGAAAAUGGUGCUUUCAUUUAAAAUUGCUCUCCGUCUACACUAUUGUUCAUCCACAAUGAAACGUCUGAAAACGAUAACAUUCACUGCAAGUAAGCAUUACAUCUCCCAUCGAAGAAAUGCACUCUGAAGUAUACAAACUGACAUUAGCAAUGAUUCAAACUAAAAAGUAGCCAAAACAAGGUGGUAUAACAUCAUACACCAUCUCGCCUUCGGCUGAGUCACACAACUAAAACAGCAUUUUCAAAUAUAUCCACAUAGUUAGCGAAUCACCUCAGUGUUGGUGGCCAAAACAGAAGGAAAAAAGCUGCGUUUUCACGCAAAAAGGUUGUGUAGACAAGGCCUCAGUGUCAAAUAAAUCUGAAAGAAUAUUUUGCACAUAACUCACGAAAUCAUUGAUCAGCUACUUGAUUUCUCUGGCAUAUUUUGACUUGAAUUAGAAUGCUGACCAAUGCAGACAGGACAGAUUGUAAUAUUUAUGUGAAUGUUCAAUGAGAUCUCUCUGUAGAGUAGGCGUGGGAUUGGUAAGAAUGACCAGACUUUCUUUUUCUGAAACCUGUCAUUGCGACCGAACACACAGAAAACAGCAUCUAUGAUGAGCAGAAAAAGAGGAAUAUUUUUUUCUGUUGUCUGCAUUUUAUGCCUUACUCCAUUACCAAGGUUUAAUGUUACCAAUGCAAGAAUGAGAUGAAAGCUGUAUGCUUCUACAGACACCAAUAAAUCAUGCUAAAACAUAUGCUGGGGAAAACACAACACUGUGUAUUAGUGGAUUACCGGAGGACACGUCUUGCUGCCCUUCACAAGCCUGCGAGUGAGAAGUCAUCGGUUGUGAUAACCAAUUCACGAACUGCAACACGCGGGACUGUACAACUUUGCUCAGUUCUCUGGAGAGACUUGAAUUUACGAAGAAAAGAAAAAAAAUUACGACAGAGAGACACAACUUGAUUUUCCGUGGAAUUAAAAGGAACUUUUAAAAGGAUUCUUAAGGAUUUCUUUGAGACUUUUUUUCUUCUUCUUGUCUUUGGGCGGGCUCGGGGUGGGGGACAGUACGUGAAUGAUGGUUUGGGCUAUUGUUGUAUUCACCUGUGAAUAGGAAAUCGCUUGGGUUGGUGUCGGGGUUGGGAGGAAUGGAUGUGAUUUUGUAACAAGCAAAAAUGCCUGGUAGAACAUUUUUAGUUGCUUCAGGCAUCUUAUCUUUUGUAAAAUAACUGUGAACCUCUGUGUAAUUUCAUGUGUAUUAUAUGGACAGCGCACUAACUUCAAGUGGGGGGCGGAGUGAAGGGUGGGUUUACGACCCUUGAUCGUCAUCUUUUUACCACGCAUGUGUGUGUGUGAGUGUUUACGCCGAGUAUGAGUGUGUGGACUGAAUUGGGCACUCAUGACGAGCAAAGCAAAGGUCAGAGAUACACCAUCUGAUAGGAAACGCUCCUGAAGUUGGUUCACUAAAAUUUCAAUGCUACAACACUACUGUAAACAUUACAGUGAGCUGAGCCUUAAAUGAUACAAUGUUGAUUCAAAUCGACAGGGGAUAUGGAUCAUGAUCUUGUUUACUACACCUACAACACCUACAUAAGAACAGACAGUUAUGGGUCAACAAUUCUAGCUUUACAAUGAUGAAAUUAUCUUAUGAAGGAAUUUUAUCUUAAGUAGAUUUUAAAAAGCCUAAUUUGGCUAAAUAACUUUGAUUUGCUCAUUAGAUAUAAAAAACAACCAAUUGUUCUAGAUCAGGGGUGUCAAACUCCGUUCCUGGAGGGCUGCAGACCUGCAACGUUUAGUUCCAACCCUGCUCCAACACAACUACCUGUAGGUUUCAAACAACCCUAAAGGACUUAAUUACCUUGAUCAGGUGUGUUUAAUUAGGGUUAGAACUAAACUCUUAGAACGGAGUUUGACACCUAUGUUUUAGAUCAUCCUAAAUAUAAUUCUGGGGUCUUUAAAACAAAAUACACACAUCCUAAAGUGCUGGAUUGUUUCAACCCGAAGAUAAGGUUAAAUUAAUUUGUUUAACAUUUUUACCACAGCUGUUGAAAAUGUUAUUUUUUGUGACCCAAAUUUAGUUUGAAACAUCCCAGCACUUUUAGAGUGGAGUAAAAAUGUACCAUGUUGUAAGGUAAACAAUAAAGGAAUAUAUUUGCUUAAAAUAGUUUAAAACUAUUUACUUGGAAUCAGGAAAGAUUUAGCUAACAUACUUGUGUCUUAUUUUUUUGCCUUUGUAUUAAUGAUUGAUAGUGCCUGACUUGAUCACAAAAUCACAUUUCUGAAUAAUUGCCAAAUUACACAAACAUGAAUGAGUACUACUAAAUGAACGGCUUAAAAUACUAUAGAACAGAUAGAUACUGUAUGACAAGCACUCAUACAUCUCACUAUUAUGACACCAGUAGAGAGCGCAUAUCCAUCAAACGGUAAUAAUGCUGAAAUUUGAGUGGAACAACUCAGGAGUUGUUUAUUAGUGAAUGCAUGAUGAAUGAAGGGGGUAAAGGAAAAUUAAAAAAAAAAAAAUUCAAAGAAACGCGAGUCAGCUUUCAGAUAUCUUGAUCUGUAAAUCAACAGGAUUUUUUUCCAACAUGACAAUAAAAGUUUACUUUUGUUGCA